CUGAACGGGACGCUCCGGCUUUGUGGGCAUUGGGAUGAUGCGGUUCGGGUCCGGGUGUGCCGUACAAAUAGCGUGCUGAAAUUUCCCAUUGUGACUCAAAGUGAGUUGGUCUGUUGACCACCAUGGCUAUCACCGCUUUACUGCUACUGGCCCUUUCCUCCUCCAUCUCCUUCACAGUGGCGGUCCUGUUUGGGGAGCCGCGAAUAUUUGGAGAGGAUGCAACUGGUUAUGGUCCCAUCUUUGAGGAGGAGCCAGUGGAUGUGAUUUAUACUGAGGACUUACCUGAUGGGAGAAUCUCCAUGAACUGCAGGGCACGGGCAAACCCACCAGCUUCAUACAGAUGGCGACGGGAUAACUGGGAAAUCAAGCUGAUGGAGCAGCCAGAUGAACACUACAGCUUGGUUGGGGGCAACCUGGUUAUCACCAACCCCAAGAAAAAACACACUGGGACGUAUAUCUGUGUGGCCAAGAACAUCUACGGCACCGUCAUCAGCAAGGAGGCCAGGUUCAAGUUUGGAUAUUUGGAGCCAUUUCCUGAUGAGGAGCGAGAGCCAGUGUAUGCCAAAGAAGGACAGGGAGCGUUUCUGCUGUGUGUCCCUCCAAAAGCCUGGCCUCAGGCGGUGACCUACCGCUGGAUUUACAACGAGCUCCCAGUUUUCCUUCACACAGAUCGGCGUCGCUUUGUCUCCCAGAGAACAGGGAACCUGUACAUCUCCAAGGUGGAAGCUCAGGAUGCAGGAAACUACUCCUGUUAUGUUUCCAGUCCCAUCAUUGGGCAGAGCGUCUGGUCAAAGUUUAUCUCCCUCAUCCCUUUACCCCCUGAUGAUGGUGAGGAGAGGAGGUACCCAGCAAACAUUGCUGUGAAGUUCCCAGACACUACAGCCAUGCUGGCCUCUAAUAUUACAUUGGAGUGCUUUGCUUUGGGAAAUCCCAUUCCUCAUAUUGUUUGGAGAAAGGUGGAUGCCACAGACCUGCCUGCAAAUCAUGAAAUCAGUGAAUCAGGAGCUGUGCUUCAUUUGUACAACGUACAGUAUGAAGAUGUGGGUGCAUAUGAGUGUGAAGCCAUCAACACUAAAGGGAAGGACUGGCACAAGGCCUGGCUCUACGUGGAGUCUGCCCCAGAGUGGGCUGAGACUAUCAACAAUACUCAGAUCGACAUCGGCUCAGAGCACACCAUGCGCUGUGUGGCAUCAGGAAAACCUUUCCCUUUCAUCCGCUGGUACAAAGAUGGAUACAUGUAUGGAAAGGGUGAGUUGAAGUUUUCAAGUCUAACCUUUGAUGACUCAGGGAUGUACCAGUGUAUUGCCGAGAACUUCUGGGGCAUCAAAUACGCCAAUGCUGAGCUGCAAGUUAUUGCCUGUGCUCCAACAUUCGAAUUCAACCCUGUGAAGAAGCAACUUCUUGGAGCUAAAGAUGGCCGCGUGGUGAUCGAGUGUAAACCCCGAGCUGCUCCUAGACCUCGCUUCACCUGGACAAAGGACAAAGAACUGCUGUUCAACACAUCACGCAUUUCCAUCAUGUUUGAUGGGACUCUGGAGAUUCUCAAUGCCACAAAGAACGAUGAGGGCGUCUACACCUGCUUUGCUGAGAAUGACAGGGGAAAAGCCAACAGCUCUGGCUAUCUCACCAUUACAGAGGCUACCAGCAUCAUGGUGGCUCCUGAAGACACUGAGGUGAAGGUUGGUGAUGAGGUUAUUCUGAGUUGCUCUGCUUCAUACGACCCCAUGCUGGACAUCACCUUCAUCUGGGCCAUAGACUUCAGAGUCAUUGACUUUGACACUGAGUGGCCACACUACGAACGUGUUAUGAAUGAAGACGGCAGAGGUGACCUAAGAAUAAAGAAUGUCCAGAUUUGGCAUGAAGGGCACUACACCUGCACGGCGCAGACCGUGGUGGACAGCGACACCGCUUAUGCUGACCUCAAAGUUGUAGGUGUUCCUGGUCCUCCUGGUGUGAUCCGGGUGGAAGAGAUUGGGGACACGUGGGUAAAGCUGUUGUGGACUAAAGGAUCGGAGCAUAACAGCCCCAUUCUCUACUACACCAUUCAGACCAGGCACUACUGGGCUCUGAAUGAAGAUGACUGGAGGAAUGCCAGCACGUCUCCAACCUUUCUUGAUGGCAGUGUGGAAAGGGCAGAGGUGACUGACCUGUACCCUUGGAUGGUGUAUCAGUUCAGGAUUAUUGCCACCAAUGAGUAUGGCUCCGGAGAGGCCAGCAUCCCCUCCCUCAAGAUCAAAACCUGGGAUGCUUCUCCAGUAGUAGCUCCCACUGAUGUGGCAGGUUAUGGAGGAAGAAAUGGUGAGAUUGUCAUCACAUGGACACCUGUGCAGCCCUGGUAUUUCUAUGGCAAGAAUUUUGGCUAUAUUGUGGCAUUCAAGCCUUAUGAUGCUUACGACUGGUGGUAUGAGUCCAUUUCUGACCCCGAGACAAGGCGUUAUGUUCACAGAGACUCCUACUUCAUCCCCAAUGAGGAAGAUUUCCAGGUGCGGGAGUUUCAGGUGAAGAUCAAAACAUUUAAUGUGAAAGGAGACGGACCCUACAGCGUCACGAAGAUCAUCUACUACCCACGAGAUGUCCCUACAGAGCCUCCAACAGAUGUCUACGCAAGGCCAGUGUCAUCAACUGAAGCUGUGGUGUGGUGGCUGCCAGUGGUUGACACUGGAACAGGCCUGCAGCAGUACAUUGAGGGAUACCAGGUCAAAUACUGGAGAAAGUAUGAUGACCCGGAACCUGGUGCCAACCGUAUAUUCGUUCCAGCCACAGCCAAUCAGACCAGGCUGGAGAACAUGCUGCCAGACUCACACUACCUCAUUGAGGUCCGAGCGUUUAAUGGAGCUGGCCUUGGACCCCCUGGUGAACACUGUGAGAUGUUCACAAAGAGGCCACCACCACCAGAGCCUCCCAGGAUGUGGCGCUAUAUCUCCUGGACAGGAAAGUGGCUGUAUGUGUGGUGGGAUCAUAUCCAGUAUGACUGGUUUGGCAAUAUCUCUUUCCCACUGUACUACAAGGUCAUGUUCAGAAAGACAGGCUACAUCUAUGGGAAAGUCUACAUCACUGGUUGGCACUUCAUGGACUUCCCCAUGCCUCAACUUGGAGAUUAUGAGCUGAUGGUGCGCGGGCGUUACGAAGGAGGAGAUGGACCGAUCAGGAAGAUUAGGCUUAUAGGUAAAGGAUCUAGGAUCAUGCCCACUUUAAGCCUGGUGUCUGUGGUGCUACUGGCGCUGUGUGUUGCCACAUUGGAAAUUUAAGCCUGCCACAACUGACAUGUACAGUAUUUAACAGACUCUGGGAGACGUAUGUUUGGAUCUAAUAGAAGAUCCACUGUUCACCUCCCAACAUUCUUAUAUUUAUUGGUUAAGCUACUACAUCAAGCAUCUGUUCUGCUGUAACACCACACUUGUGGAGCAAGUGUUGUUUCACAAGAAUAGAAUUGGUUAGUUAACUUUUAUGGACCUUUUACUCUGUCAAAAGAACCACAGGAUACAUGCAGUAAAACGUGAAACUCUUGCAUCGGCCAUAUCUGUAUACCACUUGAAGAGAAAAUCCUAAAUGUCCUUAUCUAAAAUGUCCUGUUCAUUGCCCAUCACUUAAGUUUCUGUUUUUUCUAAUUACUCUUUCUUAUAUUAACUGCACAACAGUACCAAGGUAGAAUCUAACCCACAGAGGGUGAAAUUUAGAUUUUCAGUCAAAACAAUCAAUAGUAUGUGAAAACAAUCAAUAGUAUGUAAAGAUCUUAAUAAUAAUCACUGCAUUUAGUUUGGAAGGAGCAGAAGGAUGAAUAUAAUUUAUGCCUGCUUGACACUUUUUUCUCCUUGGAGCACACUGAAUAUCAUACUUGUUUUAAAUACACUUGUCAUAAGGACACAGCUUUACAUUAUAAAAGUUAUUUAAAGUUUUGUUAAACUUUUUUAGAUUUAUUUCUUACAAUGUUUUUAAUGAUGCUAGGUGACAUGAACGGGGAUCCUUGCUGAAUGUUAAUUUUUGCAUCAGAAUCAUGUAUAGACAAUGUGAGAUCAUUUCUGACAGAAAAAAAUGAAACAGUUGUAUAAACUGUGAGGACAGAGUUAACCAGAUAUUUCUGUAUGUUAUGCUAAUUUUCUUUGUUCUGUCAUGCUACAAAACCAUUAAAGAGAGUACAGUGAUCUGUGUGUAUAUCA